CGCCGCUCUCGAUUAACCAGUAUACUCCGAGUGUUCGUGAGAGAAAUUUCGCUCAGUUACCAUGGCGAUCGUUACGUAGACGCUACGGUUAGUGUGAUAGUGAUGGAGGACCCCACGCAAGUGAUGUUCACCGAGUUGCCGGUGCCGCUGCUGACGACGGCGGUGCUGUUCAGACAACACCAACGAACCAGGUACCAGCCGUACCAUCUUCCGCACCACCCGACCAGCAGGUUCCAUGUCCAGGACUUCAUUUGGCAGAGGGAGCGCGUAGAGGAGCCCGUAGAAGAGCCCCCUGAGCCGGAACCGGAGCUCGGGGGGAAGAACCACAUCUCGUGUCUGUACCCCGAAAUCUUGGCGAUCAUCUUCAGCAACCUCAGCGUGAGGGACAAGGGCAGGGCUGCUCAGGUGUGUACCUCCUGGAGGGAAGCAGCGUACAACAAGUCGGUGUGGCGGGGUGUGGAAGCCAAGUUGCACCUGCGGAGGGCGAACCCCGCGCUGUUUUCGUCGCUGGUGCGACGCGGGAUCAAGAGGGUUCAGGUGCUGUCGAUGAGGAGGUCGUUGAGGGACGUCAUACAAGGCAUCCCCAACUUAGUCUCACUCAACCUAAGCGGCUGCUUCAAUGUAACAGACACCAACAUCUCCCAAGCGUUCAUACACGAAUUCCCCUCUCUGACAGAGCUGGAUCUCUCUCUUUGCAAGCAAGUCUCUGACAACUCACUCAGCAGGAUAGCCCAGUUUCUGAAGAACCUGGAAGUGUUGGAGCUGGGAGGUUGCUGCAGAGUAACCAACACAGGCCUCGUGUUGAUCGCUUGGGGGCUCAAGAAGCUCAAAAGGCUGAACCUGAGAUCGUGCUGGAACAUUAGUGAUCAGGGUAUCAGUCACUUAGCGCUGGGGAAUCAGCCGAUAGAGUAUUUAGGUCUGCAGGACUGUCAAAGGCUCUCCGAUGAAGCCCUCAGGCACGCAACUGGCCUGCCGUCCCUCAAAUCCAUUAACCUGAGCUUCUGCAUCAGCAUAACGGACAGCGGACUGAAACACCUCGCUAAGAUGCCGAACCUGCGCGAGCUGAACCUGAGGUCGUGCGACAACAUUUCCGACAUCGGCAUGGCCUACCUAGCAGAAGGCGGUUCCAGGAUAAGCUCUCUGGACGUCUCCUUCUGCGACAAGAUCGGCGACCAGGCUCUGGUGCACAUCUCCCAAGGACUGUUCAACCUGCGCAGCCUGAGCCUGAGUGCGUGCCAAAUAUCGGACGAGGGGUUAGUGAAAAUCGCGGAUACGCUGCAUGAUUUGGAGACUCUCAAUAUCGGUCAAUGCAGCAAUAUCUCGGACAAGUCGCUGAUAGUUCUGUCGGAAUCGCUAAGUAGACUGAAGUGUAUCGAUUUGUACGGGUGCACGAGGACCACUACGGUGGGACGAGAAAAGAUCAAGAAACUUCCCCAGCUCGAGACCCUGAAUCGGGGCUUGUGGCACGUCAGGUGAAACGAGGGAUUGUAGAUAGAGUUUUUUAUGAAAUGUGUGUCGGUUGGAAGUUGCAUUUCUCGCUCGCUUUACUCCAGAAAGGUGAGGGUAGGCCUUAGCGCUGCACCAAGGAGGAAGUCUCAUGUACGCACUGCGCCAAAAAUAAAAAUACGUGGUAAUAUGUAGAAAUGAAUGCUUUAGUUGAGAAUGCAAUGAGUGGUGUUUUGAGAGAUAUACGGAGUUGACAUUUUGGCUAGAGAUUGUGCAAAGCAAGGUGCAAAUCAUCUCAAAAGUAACGGCAAUUACACCUUUAAAGACCAAAACUUAUAAUAUUUGAUUCGGUAUUUAUGUUUAUGAGUAUUUUAAAAUAUAUCUCUCCAAAUUCUGAAAGAAGUCAUUAACUCUACUCAUUUGUAUCAGUUGUAUUUCUCUAUCUAAGAAAAAUUAAAAGAGGGGAUUUUGAAAACAUUCAGUAUAGUUACUGCACUAACGUCAAACUGUAAAAAAAUUAAAAUAACAUAGUUAGGUUAGGUUAAAAGUGACUGGGUCUAUUCGCCCCUCCACCGCAACU